AUGGCCUUCUAUCCUGGGAGAAGUCGGUGCUCCAUCCGAGUCAAGUCCGAUGCCCCUUUGAGGCCGCGGGGUGCCGAUGGGCGAAGGAGAUCGUUGACACUUGGCAGCCACGUAACAGGCUUCGUCAUAGGUGCACGCGACUGCAUCUUGCUUUCAGAAUGGAUCGCAGAAGCCGCCGAUGUCUUCGAGACAAUGCUGCUGCCCCUGGAGGUGGAGGGUUUCAAGGGAGCUAAUACGAGGUACAAGCAGCUCCUGCUUCUGGUUCACCCAGACAAGAACAGACAAGAAGGAGCCACAGACGCCUUCCGAAAGCUCUUCGAUGCUUUCGCAGUUAUCGUUGAUCCUGCUGCGCCCCCCGGCAGCGGCGCGCGCUUUUGCGCGCGCAGGGCCGCGCGGGCGGCGAAACCAGAAAAGGUGCGGCAGAACAUGGGACAGAGCAAGAGGGGCAGCAAUGGGCAAUUUCACCCGCAUGUCCGUUCCUUCAACCUAGACCCUGCCACGGGAAUUGGUGGUGUGGUUGCGGCCGUCUUCAUGCAAGACAACGUCGACGAAUCUGAGCGAGUGCUGCAUGAGCAGAGCGAGCUGCUCGAAGCCCUUGGAAAGCAACUGGUCACAACUGGUCACAACUGGCUUGAGGCAGACAUCUUGUACGAUGGCAGUGACAAGACAUGGGUAAGUCCCGAGACGGCCAAAGCGCUUUGGGACACCGCUUUUUGUCAGCAGGAAGACGCAGAGGUUGUUGGCAUCUUAUUGGGGGUCUGGGUUCUCCGGCUCUGA